UGGGGCGCUUUUUUCUGCACAACACCGGAAAAUAGUGGGUGUUAGCUGACUGGCGUUAGCAAGCAACAACUUCGAAGUCAGCUGUGGGUUCUAUGGAAGAGAUGUCAGGAGACAGUGUGGUGAGCUCUGCAGUGCCAGCAGCUACAACCAGGACCACAUCCUUCAAAGGUUCCAGCCCCAGUUCCAAGUAUGUGAAGUUAAAUGUGGGUGGAGCGCUCUACUACACUACAAUGCAGACACUAACAAAGCAGGACACCAUGCUUAAAGCUAUGUUCAGUGGGCGGAUGGAGGUGCUUACGGACAGUGAAGGUUGGAUUCUAAUUGAUCGCUGUGGAAAACACUUUGGAACAAUCCUUAACUUCCUCCGGGAUGGGGCGGUUCCUCUCCCAGAGAGCCGUCGGGAAACGGAAGAGUUACUCGCAGAGGCCAAGUAUUAUCUUGUCCAAGGCUUAGCUGAUGAAUGUUCAGCAGCCUUGCAGAAGAAGGAAACAUAUGAACCUCUUUGCAAAGUGCCUCUCAUGACAUCAUGUAAAGAAGAGCAGAGACUCAUUGCAACCUCAAAUAAGCCUACUGUGAAACUGCUGUAUAACAGAAGCAACAAUAAAUAUUCAUAUACUAGCAAUUCUGAUGACAACAUGCUAAAAAAUAUUGAGCUAUUUGACAAGCUGUCGUUGCGGUUCAAUGGGCGAGUCCUCUUCAUUAAAGACGUGAUAGGGGAUGAGAUCUGUUGCUGGUCCUUUUAUGGCCAGGGUCGUAAGAUUGCAGAAGUGUGCUGCACUUCCAUUGUUUACGCCACAGAAAAGAAGCAGACUAAGGUUGAGUUUCCUGAGGCGCGCAUCUAUGAGGAGACCCUCAACAUCCUUCUGUACGAGUCCCACGACGGACGCGGUCCAGACAACGCGCUGCUGGAAGCCACAGGUGGCGCUGCAGGAAGAUCUAGCCAUCUGGAUGACGACGAAGAGCCCGUAGGAAGAGUUCGUAGGAUUCAUGUCAAACGACCCGAUGACCGCACACACCACCACCAAUGACCUCCCUGUUGUGACCCAGCAGUAUGUGUCUUUGCACCGUGCUUGUGCCUUACAAACACCACGCAAAUUACUCUCUCGCACUUCCUGUUGUCUUUUACCAGCUUCUCCAAGAGACUACUCUGAGUAGCGUACAUCAGUUUGUAUUGUUUUCUGUUUUUGUGUCUCGUUUUAGUUGUUUAGUUGCUUUGUAAUCUCAAAAAUGACUUCUUCUACAGUUGCUUACAUGGAUGUUUGUUUUCAGCAGAACAAGGUUUUACCCAUCGGACUGUUUGUGGAGUGUUUCUGUCAGUAUGAAUCUGUUGUUUAAGGGUUCAAGCUAAGUGACACACAGCAGAACCUGAAGUUCAAGAUGUAAUUAUUUAAAAAGCUUAUGUAGAUGGUUUGCUACUGUGGUGUUCUACCACAAUGUGACCAUACGGUGGCACUGUUUUAUCCCUGGAAUGUUACCAUGGCUAUUUUGUAGCCUGAUAAUUAAUAAAACUGUAUAAAAAAAUAUUUUUAUGUUACAGUA